UUUAUUUUGCCGCAUAGCCGACAGUAUUGUUGAAACACGACACCGUUCAGCAUAUGUGUGUAUAAGCAAACGUUCCACAAAACAUGAGUUUAGUAUAUCGAUCGAUACAGAACAGUAGUCCAAACUGAUUUGUUCAGUUGAUAGAACUAUUUCUGUCGUAUCGAUCGGACUAGUGUUUCCCGUGUUCGCCAACGUGACGAGCGAUCUAUCUUUUAGAUUGUGAGCAGUGAUAAACCGCAAUAUUGGUUUCUGAUUACAGUAUUCGGUCGCUGUUAAAAUCUGGAACAUGUCUUUAUCCACUUUGUACAAACGUGCUCUAGUCAAGCACCCACUUUUGAUGCAGUCGGUGCAGUCAGGGAUUCUGAUGGGAUCAGGCGAUAUUAUCGCGCAGACUCUAAUUGAAAAGCGUAAACUUAGCAACAUUGACGGCAUGCGAGCGUUUAGAUUUCUAGGAAUUGGAUUUUGCAUUGGCGGUCCGGGUCUGCGAAAAUGGUACGGUUUCCUUGACAAACGCAUUACGGGCAGCAGUAGGGCUGCGACUACUUUUAAGAAGGUAGCUCUGGAUCAAAUGGUCUUCGCACCGGUCUUCCUCGGUAUGCUGAUUGGAACAAUCGGGCUUCUACAAGGGAACAAUAAGGAUGAAAUUGAACGCAAGCUUAAAAAUGAAUACUCUGACAUUCUACUGACAAACUAUUAUAUUUGGCCCUGGGUUCAGCUGGCAAACUUUUAUCUGGUACCGUUGAACUAUCAAGUUCUGUUGGUACAAUUUGUAGCGGUCUUCUGGAACACGUAUCUAUCAUGGAAAACGAACUGCAAUGAUGUUGCGAAAGUAAUGGCAGUUAAAACGGAUGCGGUUGGAUCGGACGAAGCGAAUGAGAGUGCCUGCUGAAUGGAACAAGACAGAGUUAAAACAUUGGAAUGUGAUACAAAUAGGUUUUGUUUUUAGACGUUAAAGCAUACGCCAUGUUGUGUUUAUGCGAAUACAAUUUUAGCUGAUAGCAGUUAAGCAAGUAA